GACUGGCGUGUGCUGCUGUCUUUGGACAAUUGAUUAAAACUUCAUUAUUGCAUUAACUCGCGAGAAGUGCAUCUAGCAGAUAAUAAUACUGUGUUGUAGAACAACUGUUAUUAGGCGUCGCAAGAGCUCCACUCAUUUGAACACAUUUAAAGACGAACAUUUUGACCGAUUUUGGUCAUUUUAGCAUGCUAGCAAAAUGUUAUUGGUUUCAAAUCAAAGAGUGAAAUGAUGGCUCGUUUAAACGAUUUAUAAUUAUUUAUAAUUAUACCUCGAGAUUUCGUCAGUUUCCUGUCGAGGAAUGGCGAGGGAGAGUACUUUUCGCCUAUUUUCUAGUGUUUUCUAGUUUUACAGACGUUAGCCGGUAGCAAGUUUUGGGUCGCUAUUAAUAUAAUUUUGUGAACACUCUGCAAGUGAGUGAACGCCCUCAGUGAGUUAUCUCGCUAGUUACCAACAUCUCCUGGCCGCACCAGCAGUGUAACGUUGACUAUAAUGAAAAUAGCUGACAAGUCGUUGGUGAGAGGAAUGUACGUUGUCCUUGUCGUCCUUUUACUGGGAGUGCAGGGACAAGUCGAUGACGACGAAGACGAAUGGAUAGAUCCGUAUGACAUGAUCAACUACGAUGCGACUUCAAAAUCUAUGAAGAAACAGCCAGGGAUCACUAAGUAUAAUAAUGUUCCCACUAAAAGAAGGGAGUACGUUGAAGACUCUGGUCAAACGUCACUAUGCCCAGACAUCAGGGAGUGCCAAAACAAGGUUGCACAGCUACAGAGAGAGAUUGAGGACCAGAAGAGGAAGGUGGUCGCUCCGUCUCAGCCCUCACCGUGUCUCCCAGUGUUCAAACGUUUUCUGUCCAAGCUUCUGAAAGAAGUUGAGAAACUUGGCCUGCCCAGCGAGGUGAAGAAUGACGUACACUAUGAUGCUGAGGUUAGGCUGUCCAGGCAAGCUGUGGUGGAGAUCCAGAAGCUGCUGGAAGGGGCGGACAGCUGGAGGACGGGGGCCCUGGAUGACGCUCUUAGUCAGAUCCUGGUUAAUUUCAAACCUCACGACCACGAGGCCUGGAAGUGGCGUUUUGAGGAUACGUUCGGCGUGGAGUUAGACACCGUUCUAAAGAUUUUUUUGGGCGUUUUAUGCAUUGUGCUGGUGAUCUGUAGUGAGCUGUGGUCUACAGUCUCCUGGUUUGUCCAGUUCAGGAGAAUGUUUGCAAUCUGCUUCUUCAUCAGCAUUGUCUGGAACUGGUUCUACCUUUACAAAAUUGCCUUUGCUGAGCACCAGAACAAUAUUGUGAAGAUGGAAAGCGUUAACGAGAAAUGCACAGGAGUAAAAAAAAUUGACUGGCAAGAUAACCUGAAGGAAUGGUUCAGAAGCACCUGGACUCUUCAGGACGAUCCAUGCAAAAGAUACUACGAGGUCCUAAUGGUGAACCCUAUCCUGCUGGUGCCCCCAACAAAGGCUAUCUCUGUCACCAUUACCACGUUUAUUACAGAGCCACUGAAGCAUUUUGGACAGGGCAUCAGUGAGUUUCUCAGAGCCUUGCUCAAGGACCUGCCUGUCACCCUUCAGAUCCCUGUUCUCCUCACCAUAGUGCUUUCUAUCCUGGUUUUCAUGUAUGGGAGUGCCCAGACAGCCAUUCACGCAGUUGCUUGGCCCCUGCGGGGGGGACGCCAAGACCCACCCCCCGCUGCAAUACAGCAGCGCCGGGCACCACAGCUGAGAGACGAGGAGUCAGACGAAGAAACUCUGGCCGGAGGAGACGCACCUCCUCCACCCAGACGACCUGUACACCAGGGUCAGAACGGGACCAACCUCCGUCAGAGGAGACCGAACCGGGCGAGAGAGGAGCGGCUCAGGGUGCGCGUGGAGACGCUCGGCAACAGCGUCUACAGCGAGGACGAGCUGGACAGCCGACGCAGGAGGCAAGAGGAGGAGCAGCCGGCGGAGGAGGAACAGGAGGAGGACUCACCUCAAACCAUCCGCGCGCCAAAGGAGGAGGAGAAGAAGAAGAAGAAGGAGGAGGAGAAGAGUGAAAACGUGGCCGCCGGCGUAAAGGACGGCGAUCUCGAACGCUCUCAAACCCGACCCAACGCUCAAAGCCCAAAAAAGGAACCAGCACGGAACACCAGCGACCAGGGCGAUCAAAAGGACGAGCAGGCAACAGCGCCAGAUCUGGAGAAAGAUGUACAGAGAGCACCAUGGGAAAAGAGGGAAGCGCCAAAUAAAGAGGACCACGUGGACACUAUUAAGUCUCCCGUUCAAGAGACGACGCAAUGACACUGCAGAUGCACUUUUUCUGUGUCUGAUUUUAUAAAUGAAACGUUUUAGUUCAGAGGAGAGAACUGAGAUGUAUGUGUAUC